CGGCGGCCACCGCGGGGGGCGGGGCACGGUGGCGGCGGCGGCGGCGGAGCCGGAGGGGCCGGGGGAGCCCCGAGGCCGCGGGUCCCCCCGUGGCCGAGACGGAGCCGGAGGAGAUGGAAGCACCGGGAUGCACCGGCCCAGCGUGGCUGGUGGUCCCCAAGGUGGAGAUGAGCCCCGAGGGUGACGGGGAUGAUGCAGGGGACCCGGAGCUCGAUGACUCAGGGCAGUGGCUGGUGCGGAAGGUGAAGGUGGAGGACGAAGAUGAGGCCGAGGCCUGGGCAGCUGCGGUCGGAACCGAGGCCCCGUUGUCUCCGCGGCCGCCGCCCGGCUCGGUGCCCCCCGACCCCGCCGGGACACCGGACCACACCGGCGGCUGCAAGGUGGAGGAGCCGUGCCCGGAGGAGCUGGGGUACGGGCUGCUGCCGGCCUGGGGGCCGGGGCCGCACCCGGACGGCGUCGGGACGGCCUUGGGCGCGGGGGCGAGCCCCGGCGGCGGCGGCGGCUGCGGGCGCUGCUCCCGGCCCGGCCCGCGGCCGUUCUGCUGCCCGCAGUGCGGGAAGGCGUUCGGGAAGAAGGCGCACCUGACGCGGCACCUGCGGGUGCACACCGGGGAGCGGCCCUUCCCCUGCCCGCACUGCGGCCGCCGCUUCCGCCAGCGCAUCCACCUGCGCUCCCACCUGCGCACCCACACCGGGGAGCGGCCCUACCCCUGCCCGCGCUGCGCCCGCCGCUUCCGCAAGAAAACGCACCUGGACCGGCACCUGCGCACCCACACCGGGGAGCGCCCGCACCCCUGCCCGCGCUGCGCCCGCCGCUUCGCGCACCGCCAGCACCUCCUGCGCCACCUGCGCCUGCACGGGGACCCCGCGCCGGGACACGGCCACCGCCGAGGGGACGGGCACGGCCCGGGCCCCGCCGAGGAGAAGCCGCUGCCCUGCCCGGGCUGCGAGAUGAGCCUCAGCUGGAAGCGGAGCCCGGCGGAAGCGAUGCCGGGGGCCGGGAAUGGACACCUGGAUGGGCACCGGGAUGAGGACGGGGACGCUGAGGAGAAGCUGCUGAUUUGCCCCCAGUGUGGGAUGAGCAUCAUCUGGAAGCAGAACUCGUCGUCGCACCCGUGGCAGCACCCGGAGAACCAAGCCCUCGGCUGUGCCCUGCAGCCCCCGCAGGAGCCCGGAGCCCAGGACCCCCAGCCCCCCUCACAGGCGGCCCCGGCCGAGCGUCCCCUCGUGCAGGACCCCCAGCUCCCGUCACAGGUGCCCGGUGCCGACCGCAGCCAGGACCCACAGCCCCUCCCGCAGCCCCCGCAAGCGCCCGGUGCCCAGGACCACCGGCCACGGGAGCCGAGUGCCACGGGCGGCCCCGGCUGCGCCCAGGACCCCCCGCAGGCGACCCCCGCCCAGCGCCCCUUCACCUGCCCACAGUGCGGGCGCGGCUUCGGGCGCAAGGCGCACCUGGCGCGGCACCUGCUGGUGCACUCGGGCACCCGGCCCCACGCCUGCGCCCGCUGCGGCCGCCGCUUCAGCUCCAAGACAAACCUGGGUCGGCACCAGGCCGUGCACACCGGGCUGCGGCCCCACCACUGCGCCCGCUGCGGCCGCGGCUUCACCCGCAAAACUCACCUGGAGCGCCACGAGCGCACCCACGGCACCGGCACCAGGACGGGCACGGGCAUGGGCACAGCCAGCGCUGGCACAGGGACGGGCACAGCCAGCACUGGCACGGGGACGGGUACAGGCAGUGCUGGCAUGGGGACAGGCAUGGCCAGCGCUGGCACGGGGAUGGGCACGGCCACUGCUGGCACGGGGAUGGGUACAGGUAGCGCUGGCAUGGGGACAGGCAUGGCCAGCGCUGGCACAGGGAUGGGCACGGGCAGCGCUGGCAUGGGGACGGGCACGGCCACUGCUGGCACUGGCAUCGCUGGGUCCCAGCUGAGCUGGCCAGAGCCCCCCACCCUCUGUCCCUGAACACCAGGAGGUGCCAGGGGCUCCAGUGGAUGCCAGCGGUGAAUCCCUGGCACUGCGGUGUUGGGAUGUGCCGGGAGGUGCCGCGGGCCCUGACGGCUGCCGGUGGUGAGUCCUGGCACUGGGGUGUGCCGGGGGCACUGGUGACCGGCAGUGGCACACCCUGACCCCGGAGGUGUGCCCUGUUCCCCGGUGACCCUGAGCCCCGGGAUGUCCGGGGUGUGCCGGUGCCACAUCCUGAGGGCCGGGAUGUGCCGGGGGCCCCGGCAGGGGGAUCCCACGGGAUCCCGGGGGAUCCCGGCCCGUUGUGCCACCGGCAGCGCUGUGGCCGGUGGCGCUGGCAGCCCCCCGGUGGGCAGGAGGCACCGGAGCGAAGCCGAGAUGCCAAUAAAGCCGUUUUUAUGGAA